AUGCAGAUGAAGUUAUCCAUUUGCGUUCUUAUUGCCAUUUUUGGUGUUGCCUAUGGACAUGGAAAUUAUGGUGGGGGAGGAGUUAUGGUUGUAGGAGGUGGACAUAUUGGUGGAGGUUAUGAUAGCCACGGUAGUGGUGGUUAUGGUAGCUAUGGUAGUGGAAAUGAAUACGGCAACCAUGGAGGAAGUGGAUAUGGUAAUGGAGGUUAUGGUAGUUACGGUGGUGGAAAAGGAUACGGUGGAGGAAGCGGGUAUAGUGUAGCCAUCGAAGGCGGCAACCAUGGUGGAUAUGGAUAUGGUGGUGUUAGUUAUGGUGGAGAAAGCGGGUAUGGACAUGGAGGUUAUGGUAACCAUAAUGGUGGAUAUGGAUAUGGUGGUGUCAGUAAUUGGGGAGGAAGCGGGUAUGGACAUGGAGGUUAUGGUAACCAUAAUGGUGGAUAUGGAUAUGGUGGUGUCAGUAAUGGUGGAGGAAGCGGGUAUGGAUAUGGAGGUUAUGGUAACCAUAAUGGUGGAUAUGGAUAUGGUGGUGUCAGUAAUGGUGGAGGAAGUGGGUAUGGACAUGGAGGUUAUGGUAACCAUAAUGGUGGAUAUGGAUAUGGUGGUGUCAGUUAUGGUAGUAACGGCGUUGGAAGCGGGUAUAAAAAUGGAGGUUAUGGUAGCUAUAAUGGAGAAAAUGGAGGAAGCGGAUAUGGACAUGGAGGUCAUAUGAGCUACGGUGGAGGACAUAAUGGCGGAAAUGGAUAUGGAUAUGGAGGUUAUAGUAGCUACGGGGGUGGAAAGGGAUACGGUGGAGGACACAAUGGAGGAUACGGUGGUGAUGGUAGCUAUGGUGGACGAUACCUUGAAGGAAUAGGAUCUGGACAUGGAAGUUAUGGUAGCUACGAGGGUGGAUACGGUAGAGGAAAUGGCUAUGGACAUGGAAGUUAUGGUGGAAAAGCCUACUGA